AUGUUCGAUGAGCGUCGCGAGCAGCACGAGGACGCGGAGUUGCUGGUCGCAUUGGUUGGCACUGGAGCGCUGCAGUUCGUUCCCGAGCAGUACCACAGAGAUCCUUUGCGCUGCUUCCUUUGGAUCGCGCAAACGCGGCCGGAGCUUCUGGCCCGCGGCGACUGGAAAAGAGGGGCCUGCGCAGCGCGGCGCCGGGCCUGGUGCACCCAUUGGAACCCGGAGGACCUUGUGCGCAGCGGCUUCCGGCAGCGCGCGGCCCGGUGCCAGGCGCCCAAGGCGGCCCUGGAGCUGCUGGCGCCACUGGCGCGGGAGGUGCUCGGCGCGCCGGUGCGAGGCCUGCACCGCGAGGAGGCGCAGCUGCCCAGGUGGGCGCUGCGGGACACCACCGUGGUGCGGUACAAGCCAGAGGAAUCGCAAGUGCCGCACAUCGACACGAGUGACGUGACCAUGUUGCUGUACCUGAGCGACGCAGGGGGGCGCACCUGCUUCCCCCACUUGGGCUGCAGCGUCCAGCCGCGCCGAGGCCGCGUGCUGGUUUUCUGCAGCACGCAGCCAAGAGCAGCGCGCUUUGGCGGCUUUGCCGGCUCCGCUUACGGGGAGCCGCUGGAUUCUACCAUGCACUACGGCAGCCUAAUGGAGGAGCCGCACGGCGAGAAGAUGAUCCUGCAGCUCCUCUUUGCCGCGGAGGACCAGUGCCUCCCCUUCCGCUCCUGGGCGGAGGCCUUGCAGGGCGAUGCCUUGCGACAAGCCGCGCGCACCUACGGCUGCCAGGCAGGUCGGCCUGGGCGCGGGGUGGGCCUUUGCCUAGCGAAAGAGCGGUGCGCGAGCGGCUGCAAGGAGCUUCGGACAGGGAAGCCAUGUAGACGAGUGAAGAAGGCAGCGUUGGCUUUCGUGGCAAACUGCAGCAGGAUCUUGCCAUCGACCUGA